CACCUGCCGGAUAAUCGAAUGAGGAAGUACCGGCGCAUACGCUAGCUACAUAAGCGCUCUGUCGCACCUACAAUCCCCACACGAAUCUGCCCACACACCGCGAUUCCAUCGCUCAACGUGCAUAAGGGAUCAUGAUCAGCGAGAUUCAUGCCAACUGUGGUUGAUGGAAGGGUUUCUCGAACCCACACGUACGCAUGCCGCAAAUACCGCGCAGUUUGCGUCGGUAACGCUGCCGUCACCGAGCCAGGAAACUUCACAACAACACCAAGUUUUCCUAUCAUGUCUUUCAAACACUUGAGCGUUUUGAGGGUGCUCACCGCAAUGACGUCGCUGGCGCCCGCUUUCCCCAUCACAUCAACUCCUCGUGCUGGUGCGGUAGCGUUGCCAAACGUGAGAAAGUCUUUCCCGGCCGCCAGUAAAAGGCUUGCGGCUCCACCAGUGACGUUCAAGUUGGAUAAGAUCGGCGCCAAGAUGAAGAGGCUGCAGAGCCGCACACCGCACGGUCGUUUCGACCCUGCAUGGGAUGGAUUUUAGUCACCGGUGUGUGACGUCAACAUGGGGAUGUUGAGACGAGCAACGCUGCCUCAUGUGAAAACUUCGGACGCUAUCGAGUAAUUAUGACAGAGGCGCCAAACGCGAGUGGCUGCGAUGAAGCUUUUCGAAGAAAAAUCUACCAUUCGCUGGUGUUGCGAGCAAGUCGGCAAACUUCCGUACCCAAUAAUCCUCCGCAAUCCCCAGCCCCAAGGGACUCAAUAUAAGUAAUGAGACUAUGACGCAACGCGGAGGAGCCUCGGUCUAAGACGAAAGCUACUGGUUGCCGAGCUCUUGUUCCACCCCAAGCGUACUCCCGCUCCUCUCCA